AUGGGUCGGAUGGGGAGCCCGCAGGCCGUUGCAGCGCAGUGCCCCGAGGGACCCGAGCGGCGGACCAGCAAGAGCCGUUCCGCAUACGGCCGGGGCGCAUCGCCGGCCCCCAUCCGCUUCCCACCCGGCAAUUUCAAGCACUCUUUGACUCUCUUUUCAACGUCCUUUUCAUCUUUCCCUCGCGGUACUUGUUCGCUAUCGGUCUCUCGCCUGUAUUUAGCCUUGGACGGAGUCUACCGCCCGAUUUGGGCUGCAUUCCCAAACAACCCGACUCGUUGA